UUGGUGGUAAACCCACUCCACCAAGUUAAUGUUACAUGUUAUUUCAGUUUUUAUUAGGUGAGUUUUAGCAUCAGCUUGGGAUAUUUAUCCUCUUUUGGCUGAAAGCCACUGUCUGCUUGUGUCUUCUUGUGUCGUGUAUUAUUCAUGGCCUCCUGUGGGGUGAGGACACUGAUUAUAAAGAAAAGACGAUGGAUGUUUGGAGACGGAUGUCUCUGUGGGAGAGGAUCGUUUGACGAUCAGAUCCUGCAGAACAGAGAAACUCUGAAAACGGGUCAGAAUAGCGUCUGUGAUUGUGAUCUUGAGGUUGCUGGAGCGAAAAACCUAAAUGUCAUAGUUGUUUGUCUCGGUGGGUUUGUUGGAUCAUUCACAGACUGGAGCCAUGUUCAGUUUGUCCGUUUCUUUUAAAAGGUGAGGAAAAGCAAACAGUCGUUUCAUUCAUAGGGUGUUGUCUCUUGUUAAAAUAUUAUCUGCUUAUGAAACAUAGGUGGUCACAGCGCGUUAUGUGCGCUCACCUCCCUGUAGAUGGAAUAAGCUGCAGAAAACUGGGACAGCUCUGUUCCUCUGAGAUCGGCUGUAAUUAACCUGAAUCUGCGUGUUGGUACUUUUGCCACCUAAAAGUUGAUUUUUAAGAAAUGGCCUAACCAGUUCCAGUCUGAAGUCUGGGUUCGGACCAGUUGUUGAAGGACAGCUCUAGGGGCCUGAAGAGAGGCUUCCCGGACUGCGGUCACUGGUUCCUCACUGCAGAAGCCAAUGGAUCAUGGUCUGUUUGAGAUGGAGGGCAACGCGAUGUCACAAGUUCACGUUGACGGCUUUGAUCUCUGUGACAACUUGUCAAACUCGGAGGCCCUCACCGCCCAAAUGCAAAACCUCAAUGAGACGCUGGCACAAACGCUCCCUCUUCCCCAAAACGAUGAGGGAGGAACAUGCAGCCUCGUCCAGAAACCCUCUCCUGAUAACAAUGAGAAGGAGGAGGAAACGGGGAUAGGGGGAUACUCACUAGGAAGCAGAGACGUGGAUCAGGAGGAAGAUGUGGAUGAAGUGAUGAAGGAAGAAGAGGAGGACGAAUCUGAGGCGUCAAGUUCUUUGAUAUGCUGCCAAUCUCCAGACAAUCUGAUGACUGAUUCCUCUUAUUCGGAGACAGGCAGUCUGUUGGAAACUCCAUUUCCCUUCAGCCCCGGGACCAGUCCAGAGCCUCCAUCCCCCGUUAUCCCAGUCAUCAGUCCAGAAACUUUACAUCCCAUUAAUUCACUGGAACUGAGUCAAAGCGGAGAGGAAGUCAUUUCCUAUUCCACCAGCUCUGGGUUGGACUCAGCCGCAGUAGAGUCGGCCAUCUGCAGUCAAGCGGCUGCAUUUUCCACAGAGUCGGUGGGUGUAACCUCAGACACUCAGCUUGACGGCUCUUCUGGGACCAGAUGUAACACAGUUGCCUCUGAUGCAACAUUAAAAGACUCCUGUCCAGAACAGCUUACCUCUUUCAAGGAUCCCGUCUCCAACUGUGGGCCUGCUUUGACUGGAGUGACCAGCAGCUCAAGUACUGGACCGGUCACCAACAGAGAGCCCUAUGCCUUCACUACAGGGAGUCAUACCACAGCCAUGUCCUCAAAUCAGGAACAGUUUACCUCCAGUCCAGUUGCUGAUUAUUCUUCAGUCUCGACCUCGUCAACAGGGUCUGCUUUAAGCCCAACUCUCCUAGCGUCUCUGGAACAGAUGGCAGAAAGAGAUGAUGAUGCCCACCUUCCUCAGUACCUUCACCAGAUCGCCGAGGCCUUCGUCCUUCAGAAAGACUACCAGCGAGCGUUGUUGUUUAUCCAGCUAGAGCAGCUUUACCACCAGAGAGUGUUGGAAAACCUGAAUGCACUUCAACAGCAGUGGGUGAGUCACUGUGGAGGAUCGCCCCCUGAGCUGGCAGCCACACACCUGGACUCUCUGAAACACAUCUGCCAGACACACUCCAGACCGAGGGCACGAGAUGCUGAGGUUGCUCUUUUGGACAAUUUGAGCCUUCAGUUUGGCAGAGGGGUUUCCCGCCCUUCAUGUAUCUCAACCCAUCAGGUUAAAGGAAGGAUGGAGCAGAGAGACGAGGAUUCGUCCUGUCCUCCUGCGCUUUCCGACAAUUUGAUUAAAAGGCUCAGUUCACCUGAAACGGACCGGAAACCCCCUAAUGGAAACUCACAGAGGACGUCUUAUGGUUCCGAUCAGACUCGAAGGCAAGCUGACGGCAGAGAGGCGAAGGGAGGGGGAGAGCGCGCCACUUCAAGUCGGGGAAACGGGCUGCACCCCUCCGCAGCUGAGCGAAUGGAUCGCUCCAGCCCCGCAGAGCAGCUGGAGAAAGAUUUAGGUCCGGCUCGGGAAGCAGAGGCGAAGGAGGAAGAGGAAGAGGAGGAGGAGGAGGAGGACGGGAGUGAGGUGGAGGAGGCAGCAGAGGCUCUGGAGAUGGAAGACGAGGGGACGGAGGACGACGACGAGGAGAAGCAGAGCGAGCUGGAUGCUCUUUUGAGUCAGGAAGCUCCCACAGUGGAGACUCUGGUCAGUGGGGCAGAGCUGCAGCUGCACAGAGAGAAGCUACACCUUUACCAGGACACUCAGGAGGACUCUGAGAGCUGCCUGAGCGAGGAGGCGCUCCCUUCCCAGGAGGCCGAUUUGGAGCAGCAAGAACAAUAUCCAGAGGAGAGGGAGGAAGAGGAGGACUACGACUUCAUCAGGAGAGCUCCUUCCCUGGACGAAAUGGCGAAGCUCAUCACGGUGGAGGAGAUGUCCCCCGCCGCUGGACUUGUCUCCAUCUUGAAGAAGCAAAGUGUGUAUGUGGACAGCCUGACCGCGUCUGCUGACCCAGAACCCACACGGGACAAACCCACCGCCAAGAGACGCGUCCGCUUCAAAGUUUCUGAUGAUACCUAUGACCAUGAAGUUGGCGGUGGCGACUCCUGUCUGCUGCUCUUCCUCCUCUGUCUGGUUACCGUCGUCAUCAGUGUCGGCGGCACCGCCCUCUACUGCGCUCUGGGGGACGCCCAGUCCUCCGUCUGCCAGGACUUCUCCAGAAACGCAGACUUUUACUUCGGCCAGCUCCGUCGGGGGAUAACCCGGCUGCAGCACUGGUAUUCCUCCGGGUUGUAGCAGAAAUCCCCUGAUGGGUGUUGAGGUAACGUUCCUCGUGAAGAGCUUACUGCCAUUUAUUGAGUGGCUAGUCGUCUCCUUCGGAUGCAUUUGGCGUUUUCAAACGCGCAAUGUCGACGCUCUGCGAACACAAUUCCAGUGCACUUUUAAAAAACAUGUUUCAGAUGCUCCGUUCACGGAGAAUUCUGAAGAAAAACUAAAAUACUUAACUUGUGGUGUCUUAAUUUUUGUACGACAGAAAAUCUGUCAGCUUUCUUACUUUGUCCGUCAAAAUUAAAAGUCUUAUGUGCACAAAUGUUGCUGAGAGAAGUUUAAUACCUCAGCUUCAAACGAAUUUACCAACGAAUGCGUAACAUAAUGUCUGAUUUAAUCUCAUUAAGUGUUUUGUAAUUUGUGCAACGAAAGGUGUUGCUUUUACUGUAGUUUUUUUUAAAAGACAGAAAAUGUAACUUGAGAGAUAAAUCUUUGCAUCUGUCUGCUACUUUGAAUGAAAUCACUUUGUCCUAAGUGUAUCUUAAAAAUCCAAAUGAAUGUUUGGAGCUUAAUUAUGAACUUUGCUAUGAGACAUCUUUAAAAAUCAUCGUGAAAUUUUAUUAUUUACCAUCCGUGAAUUGCUAAUGGCGUACAAUCAUGUUUUAUUUGUUCUACGUUGGUGAAAAAAAAAUUAAAAAUGGUGUGAAAUAACUUAUUUUGACUUUUUCGUUGCGUUUGCAAUGAGCAGCUCCCUGCUGCUUGAUCCGACUCGGCGGCAUGUUUUAACUCUCUUGAGUUUCACUGAGCAGGAUCUGGUUUUGUGUAGCAUAUUUAAAACGUAGAGAAAACGGUGCACAUCUGUACAUGCUGUCAAAUGAUUGUCUAUCAUGUUGCACAUGAGAACGGUACUUUUUAAGAAAAUAUUUUUGAAGAUUUUGCAAUAUUUCUACACGCAUUUCUUUCUGUUAGGAGUUGACAUCGUCAGACAGCCGUUCGUUUGCACAGACCACUUCAACAGAAAACUCAUGAACUACUUAAGUGUUUGUGUCAAAAUAUGAAAUGUUUUAUCGAUGAGAAACAAAAAAAUAUAUAUUGUUAACGUUAUUUACUUGGUGUAGAUAAUCGAUGCAGGACCACAUGAAGCUCUAUCUGCCUGUGUGUUUGUUCUUUCAGGGAAUUCUGGGAAUUAAUCCGCUAAAACAUCCGGUUUGUUCUGGUAGAUUUUCCCAAAAAUAAUUUUAGGAAAUCAGAAUGACUUUCCACCACUUGGUCUUCCAUAUAUAACACAGAUUUUGUUCUUUAUUUAUUGUCUUUGUAAACCUUAGUUUUGUCUCGUUGAGGUGAUUAUGUAGCCUACUAGCCUCUUUCGAUUCGAUUUUAAGGCGUAAAUUCAUUUUUGCAAUGAAUUGCAUUGCUUUCUUUGGUUUUGCGGAGGAUAAAUUAACAAAAAAUACCCGUGGAAAUCCUCAAAUCUCAUAGAAAAGUGGACAAACAUCUGUAAAAGAGGGAAUAUGAAUGUUUCUCUAAUCUUUACUUAAAGGGCUCAUAUCGUCUAUUAUUUAACUUUUGUUUUCAGGGUCAUUUCCAUGAUUGCAAUGUCCAAAAUAUGAAAGAGAAAAAACAAGAAGCUGCACAUAAUAAACCUUGUUAAAGUUUGCUUUCUUUGCUGUUACCAGAGCUGGGCAGAGUACCAAACAUUUUACUCAAAGUUUAUUUAUAUUGCACAUUUACUACAGCCUCAGCAGAGCAAAUGCUUCACAACAUCACAAGUAUAUAAAUGAUGAUAUAGAAAAUAACAUUUCAGUUUAGUAAAAAUAAUACAACAAUUAUAAAAUUGACAAAAAUACCAAAAGCCAAGACAAUACUUAACUUUAGCCCCAGUGAUUUUCUUCUGUCCUUUAACUUUUCUCUUUAAUUGGUGCUGAAGGCCAAGAAAAUAGAGUAGCACGACUUUGACAUAUUUCUAACCAGGCAAAAGUAGAGUCUGGUUAAAAAUAUCCCAAGAAAAAAGUAAUUAUAGCAAAAUCUAGACUUAUUUUGUGUGACUGAGGUCAAACUGUUGUGUUCACAGCCAAACAGACUUUAAAAAUAAACUGGAAGAAGAGCUAAAAGGAAAUAAACAAUAUUUUAAAAAAUCUAAGAAAGAAGUGGCUGCAAUUUAUCCAGAAGUUAUUAUAAACGAACCACUAUUAUAAUAAUUAUUAUUCUUUAAAAAAACAAAGACAAUGUCACAUUCAAAAAUCUGAAUAACCAGAAAAACUAAAAAUAAAUCUAAUUUAUCUUCAGGAGUCCAAAUAAAUGUUUUUUUUCUUCUGUCCAUUCAAAAGCAGAGCAGCGGAAAUUUAAAGAUGCAAUUCUUUGGCCAAACCGAAGGGUGGCGCUGUUUGUUUAAAUUAUGUAUUAAAAUAGAUUGACACGACUUCAGCAUAUUUUUAACCAGGCAAAAGUAAAAGUAGCCAUUCAAGAGUAAAAAAGUAUUUGGUAAAAGUCGAGUAUUGAGUUACUGAUCAAAGCAUCAGUAAUUUAAUAUUUAAAAUAUACAUCUUUAGAUGGAUCAAAAUAUAAAUCUAUGAAAACAAUUUAUUUUAUGGACUAAAAUGAAAUAAAUUCAUAUAAAAAAACCUAGUUACAAAAUAAGGCAAAAGAAACAUUUUACCAAAUUAAUUUCUUUCGUUAUAAAACUGAUUAAACUUGAAUAAAAACUACAGAUCUGUGUCUGGUUUGGUUAAAACAAACUUGGUCUUUAUUCAGUGAAGUUUAUUCAGAAAUUUUACUCAGGUAAGAGUAGAGAUACUUCAUUCUGAAAUUACUCAAGUAAAAGUAAAAAGUACAGCAGAGUAAAACUACUCUUUAAAGUAUUUUUCCCCAAAAACUAAAUGUAACUAGUUUCUACCAAACUGCCAAGCCUGAAUGUUGUGACGUUACAUCAUCAUCCAUAUUUGGUAAAGCCUUCCUGUUUUAGGCUCUUGUUGUUUCAGAAAAACUGUUUUAAAUUUAUUCACCCGCUUUGAAAAGUCACGGAAAGGCCAAAUUGAAUUUAUAUUUUUAAAAUAUAUUUUCAGCCUCUAAACUAUGAUGAUAUUUUCCCUUUAAGGAUAAAACAGUAUUAUGUUUAUCUCCGUAAAGCCUGAUCAUUUGUUUGAGGAUUUAACUGGAUUUAACGAGUCGUUGAUGCAUUGAUGUUUUCAUUUGCACAUGUCAGCUGCUGGUUCAGAUGACAAUCAUAAAAACACAACUUUUAUUUAACCUUUCAGAUGAUUUGUAAUUAUUUAUGAUACAAGGGAAAUAGUUUUAAAUGGUUUUAAAAAGGCAGACCCAUCCUGUGGUUUGUGUUCGAACUCUUCAGAUGUCUGGCGUAGUUUGUUUUAUAUUUUUGUUUUUUUGGCUGAUUUGUUUCUUCUGCCCUAUUUUUCCUUACAUAUAUAUAUAUAUGAUUUAAACCCUGUGAGUUUCUACCAAUGCUGUCUUUAUCAUCUGCACGGAAAUUGUUAAAUUAUUCAAGUGUUUUUGCUCCAUCUGAAAGUAUUGUACCUGUUUUUAUUUCUUUUUUUAAGUGUAUCACUGCUCUGACGAACAAUUUUCAUGCAUCAUUUUAUGAACUGACUUUUUUCCCUGAGUUGUAAAUUUGGUUUUAUAAAACAAGUUUUCUUUAUCAUGUCUCAUUAAAAUCUGUUUUCUUUGGGA